ACCUUUUCCCUCUCGAUCGAGCGGCCGAGGAGGAGGAGAGCCUCUCUGUCUCUGGCGAGGGGCGACUGGGCGAGCGCUUCGUCUAGACAGCCCAGCUGCGCAUUUGGAUGCAAAUUACGUGUGGAGGAUGGAGUAAAAUACUGAGCAAGGGAGAGGGAAGAGGAGACGGUCUUUUCUUUUCUUGAGCCGAGGAGGGGGAUCAGGUGGAGUGAGCGAGGGGGAGGUUUUGCCGCCGGCAAUGGAGAUGAAUCUCCGGGCGGAGAGCCCACUCUGCUCCCGGGGCCGCCCCGCCCUCGUCGUGCGCCCGGCCGCUGCAGCCACUGGCCUCGCGCUGUCUGUCGUAAGGUGCAGCAGAUUUACGAGAGGCGGGCUCGUUCGAUGCAUGGUAUCAAGUUCAGAUUAUCCCAAGAGGAAUCCGAGGAGGGCAUCGACUUCUAAGAGCAAGGGCGUUGCCUCUGGAGGGUAUGCUUCGAGACCUACUGCUGAAUCCAGUACGAAGAAGAUAGAACAGAGCAGGAACAAUGAAGGUGAUUUCAGCAGAGCCAAUGGGUCACUCUAUGGCGAGGCAGCAGAGCAGGCAAGUACUGCUGAAGAAUCGUCUCAGGUUUACAUGACAGGAGACAUUUUAAGUGGCGCAGAAAGGGACGGAGCUGGUACCGAAGAAGAGGCUGACCAAAAUCAAUCUUCAGCGUUGCCUUCCGCGUCCAUGGAUGAUGACUCAAUCGACCGGCAACUUGAUGAGUACCGUGGUAAAAUAAGUGCUCUAGUAAGUUCCAAACCUGAACCUUCGUCACUUGCAAGUGUUGCUGGACAAAACGAAUCAGUUGGCGGUUUUCACGGCCAGCACGAACCAAUAACUGGUUCUGAGGAACAUGGCAGUUCAAUUGUUGAUGCACCAACAAAAGGCAGGCUAUUUGCUGAGGCCGUUGUGGGUCAUAAGGAUUUUACUGAAUCAGCAGCAGGAAAGGCAAGCAGCGAGAAUGAGGAAGGGCAAGCUGUCUCGUUAGAAGAUGAUGUCGGGAUAAGUACAGACGCAGAUGAAGAGCUUCCGGUAUCUGAAGAUGAUCCAGAAGUGCUACUGAGGAGGCUUCAAGAGCUUGCUGAUGAGAAUUAUUCGACUGGGAACAACUGUUUUGUUUUCCCUGAAGUAGUGAAGGCUGAUUCGAUGAUUGAUCUUUACUUAAACCGCAGCAUGUCGGCCUUAGCUAGUGAGUCCGACGUUUUUGUAAAAGGAGCAUUCAAUGGUUGGAGAUGGAACCGUUUCACUGAAACAAUGCAUAGAAGCGAAUUAAGAGGGGAUUGGUGGUGCUGCAAGCUCUACAUUCCCAAGCAGGCAUACAGACUAGACUUUGUAUUCUUUAACGGUGACACUGUCUAUGAAAAUAACAAUCACAACGAUUUUUUCCUGGAAAUAGAAAGUGACAUAGAUGAACACUCAUUUGAGGACUUCUUGGUUGAAGAAAAGCGAAAGGAACUCGAGAGGCUUGCUGCAGAAGAAGCUGAAAGGAAAAGACAAGCUGAGGAGCGGCACAGGAGAGAGGAAGAAAGGGCCGCGAUGGAAGCUGACAGGGCACAAGCAAGGUCUGAGGUCGAGAUGAAGAAAGAGAAAUUGCGCCAGAUGUUGAGUUCGGCUAGCAGAUAUGCUGAGAACUUAUGGUACAUAGAACCUAACACCUACAGAGGAGGAGACAGAGUUAGAUUGUACUAUAAUAGAAGCUCGAGAUCACUAAUGCAUAACACUGAGAUUUGGAUGCAUGGAGGUUAUAACAACUGGAUUGAUGGACUCUCAAUAGCUGAAAGACUUGUCAAAUCUCAUGAAAAGGAAGGCGAUUGGUGGUAUGUAGAAGUUACAUUACCUGAAAGGGCAUUGGUGUUGGAUUGGGUUUUUGCUGAUGGACCACCUGGGAAUGCAUGGAAUUAUGAUAACAAUGGAAGGCAGGAUUUUCAUGCCAUCGUUCCUAAUAACAUAUCGGAUGAUAUCUUUUGGGUGGAAGAAGAACAUAGGAUCUUUACAAGGCUUCAACAAGAGAGAAGAGAAAGGGAGAGUGCCGAAAGAAUAAAGGCUGAGAGAUCUGCAAAAAUGAAGGCUGAGAUGAAGGAAAAGACUAUGAGAGCGUUUCUGCUCUCACAAAAACAUAUUGUGUAUACUGAGCCACUCGAAGUACGUGCAGGAACCACUGUGGACGUUCUUUAUAAUCCUUCUAACACAGUGCUGAAUGGAAAGUCAGAGGUUUGGUUCAGAGGUUCCUUUAACCGUUGGACUCAUCCAAGUGGUCCCUUACCACCACAGAAGAUGGUAAAGGCUGAGAAUAGUUCACACUUACGAACAACAGUCAGUGUUCCCCUGGAUGCAUAUAUGAUGGACUUUGUUUUCUCUGAGUCGGAAGAAGGUGGAAGAUAUGACAAUAGGAAUGGGAUGGAUUAUCAUAUUCCUGUGUCUGAUUCGGUUGCAAGGGAACCUCCAAUGCAUAUUGUGCACAUUGCAGUGGAAAUGGCUCCUAUCGCAAAGGUUGGAGGCCUUGGUGAUGUUGUUACAAGCCUUUCACGAGCUGUUCAGGAUUUAGGCCAUAAAGUUGAGGUUAUUCUGCCGAAGUAUGAUUGUUUAAUCCUAAGCAGUGUGAAGGAUUUACACUACCAACAAAGUUUUGCUUCGGGUGGCACAGAGGUAAAAGUAUGGUUUGGAAAGGUUGAAGAUCUGCCAGUUUACUUCUUGGAACCACAAAAUGGCAUGUUUUGGGUUGGAUGUGUCUAUGGGAAGAAUGAUGAGAGUAGAUUUGGCUUCUUCUGUCAUUCUGCUCUGGAGUUUCUGCUCCAAAAAGGAUCUUCUCCUGAUAUCAUACAUUGUCAUGACUGGUCAAGUGCUCCCGUUGCUUGGCUAUACAAGGAACAGUAUGCUCUUAAUGGGAUGGGAAAUGGUCGGAUUGUAUUUACCAUCCACAAUCUUGAGUUUGGAGCGCAUCACAUUGGCAAGGCAAUGGCACAUUGUGACAAGGCUACAACUGUCUCUGAUACAUAUUCAAAGGAAGUGGCUGGACACGGAGCUAUUGCACCUCACUACUAUAAAUUCCAUGGAAUUCGAAAUGGAAUUGAUCCUGACAUUUGGGAUCCAUAUACUGACAGAUUUAUUCCGGUUCAUUAUACAUCAGAGAAUGUUCUUGAGGGCAAGAGUGCUGCAAAAAAGGCAUUGCAGCAGAUGCUUGGAUUACAGCAAACUGAUAGCCCUGUUGUUGGAAUCAUCACUCGUCUAACAGUGCAGAAGGGAAUCCACCUUAUCAAACAUGCAAUGCAUCGAGCUCUUGAACGCAAUGGGCAGGUGGUUUUACUGGGUUCUGCACCAGAUCAUCGCAUACAAGGUGACUUUACAAAUUUAGCCAGUAAGCUGCAUGGUGAAUACCAUGGCCGGGUGAAGCUAUGUUUAACCUAUGACGAGCCACUGUCACAUUUGAUAUAUGCUGGCGCAGACUUCAUUCUUGUUCCUUCCAUCUUCGAACCUUGUGGUUUAACACAGCUUAUUGCUAUGCGCUACGGAUCCAUCCCGAUUGUUCGGAAAACUGGAGGCCUGUACGACACCGUCUUUGACGUCGACGAUGAUAAGGAUCGGGCUCAAGCACAAGGCCUCGAGCCAAAUGGAUUCAGUUUCGAAGGAGCUGAUAGCAGUGGCGUAGAUUAUGCUCUCGACAGAGCUAUAACCGCGUUUUAUGAUGCCCGCGACUGGUUCAACUCCCUUAGCAAGAGGGUAAUGGAGCAAGAUUGGUCAUGGAAUAGACCUGCACUAGACUACAUGGAGUUGUACCAUUCUGCUCGCAAAAACUGAUACAUAUUAUCACAAGAGAAAACAGGCUCAGUUUGCCCAGUUUAUGAGCAUCUCAGCCUCUCAGGCCUCUGUGCAAAUUCAAUUUGCACACUGGGAAGAAAAAGAGUACUGAUUGGCCUUGUGGUUGUGCAUGACCGCCGUCCAAGGUCCAACGAUGCAACACAGAGUGUAUAGUUAGAGAAUGUCACCCGUUGUACGUUACUGCCGUUACAUGCAUGUGUAUACACAUCAGGUAGUUUGCAAAACAA